AUGCAGGUGACGGACGGCUCUGGAAGGCUGGGAAAUAAUCUGGCGUUCAUCCUUCGUGGCCUGCUGUUUGCCAAGCUCACGAACCAUGCGGUGGUAAAUCUGAACUUGAUUACCAAGUCUUUGCGGGAGAUUUUUGACGGGAAGGCAGUCUUGCCGUUGGGCAGCUCGAGAGUGGAAGGAAAUCGUUUCUGCCCUGAGAAGUCUGACAAGCGCCAAUUAGGUAAGCCUGUGUACAACUUCCAGGGUGAAAGAUGCAAGGGAAGCAAAGCACAGGACUUUCGAACUAUGGCGCUCGAGCAUCUCUCACUAGCAUUUCUACCCGAGUUUCGGCAGUGCUUGGACCGAUACAGCGACGAAGAAGCUGCCAAGGAGUUGACAAUUCAUUUGAGGGGUCAGGACCUUUGGGGCCUCGCAGAGUUCGAGCUCACUUCAGACAAGCCCAUCCCAAUGGAGGCGAACGCGCACCAUUGGUUGUGGCACCAGCCGCCUUGCACCAUGUAUCGAAAGAUCAUCGUGGAAGAAGGCUUUAAGAAAGUGCUUGUGGUGACCAGCCCAGAUCUGAGACAUGUCUGCAUCGAAUGGCUGAAAUCGAACGCGGCGGCUCUCGGCAUCGAGGUCACUGUGCAAGCUCACAGUUUGCGGGAGGACUUUUGCGCUUUGGCGCGGGCUUCCAACCUUGUUCUUUCCUUCUCGACACUCGGGGACAACGCGGCUGUGCUCAAUAAGAGACUCAAGAAGUUGUUCUUCCGGGAAUUUGCUCAGACGCACUCCUUGCUGGACUGUGACCUUUGGCCGGAGACGUCCCUGUACCAGUACACCAUGCCGAUCAACGAAGGAAGCCAUCAGCCAUAUGGGAACACGUACCGGGAGGUCAUCAACUGGUUCACCAACUACGAUGAAUCGCAGAUCUCCAAGCACGCGGGCUGCAAGCGUUGA